CACUGCCCGCCGGCGGGGCGCGUCGAUCAAAUGCGCGUGAUGAGAUUUCGGUACCCACUUGAUCGGUGUUUGGUGUUCCACCCGCGUGGGCCCUCAUACAUAAGGCUAUCUCGCCGCCCUCCUCCUCCAUCCUCCCCAUCCUCCCGACACCAUGUCCGACGGCGAGUACGACGAGAAGCUCGCCCCGCACAAGAGCGAAAAUGUCCGCACGGACGUCUUCGACUCCGAGUCGCAUGUCGAUGCCUCCAUCCCCCCAGAGGCUAGGCUGAAGCGUCAGCUCAAAAACCGUCACAUCGCCAUGAUCAGUAUUGGCGGUGUCAUCGGUACUGGUCUCUUCUUGGGCACCGCUAAGUCGCUCAGCCAAGGCGGCCCAAUCGGUCUCCUGCUUGGUUAUGUGGUCGUCGGCACAAUAUGCUACAGCGUCAUGGUGGGCCUCUCUGUCGUCUCGCCUAUGUGCAGUGCUCAGUAGCUUUCGAGCAGAUCUCUCUCG